AUGGACGGUGUCAACGAUGUGCGAGACUCGACCGACACUGUGCUUUUCCAGACGGCUCGCGUAGGAAUACAAGCAUCAGGCUGUCGGGUCCCGAGGGUGGAGCUGUCACGUAUAACAGAAACGCCAUCCCCUUCUACCAUCAGUAAUACUUCGUUACAGCCAAGCCCUGUACCUGAACCGUUCGACGAUUUUAUUACCCGGGGACUUCUCAAUAUCACUGAAGGUGAAGAACUUCUCUUGAAGUUCCGCACUGACUUGAUGCCCCUGUUUCCAUUCGUUAUUAUACCUGAAGUGAGCUUUGUUGAAUUGCGCAAGCAGUCUCCAUUCCUCCUCUUGUGUAUAAUAACAGCUUGCCUCGAGCACAAGCCCACUCUACAGCAGAAAUUGGAAUUUGAAGCUCGAACUGUAGUCUCUACCCGCAUAGUAAUGAAUAUGGAGAGGGACAUGGAUUUACUUCGGGGGUUACUGGUUCAUAUCGCAUGGUAUCACUAUCAUUGGCGCAUCUAUCAUACCCAGGUGUACAUGCUUCUUCAGAUGGCUAUGGCCAUCGUUGUUGAUUUGGGACUUGACAGAUACAACAACUUCAAAAUGCAGUCUAUCUCUUAUAAUGGAAAAGGGGCGGAGGAGUUACACAAAGGACAAGUACUCUACCUGACUCCUGAUGGGCAGCGUGCCUUCUUAGGGUGCUAUUAUCUAUGUUCCAAAGCCUCGAUAUUCCGGCGACAGCUGACCAUGAAACAUACAGACUGGGUCGAGUAUUGUGCUGAUAGCUUAGGGCAAAGGGCGGAGUAUCCCACUGACCAGUCUCUAAAAGCACUAAUUAAGAUCCAGUCGCUUGCUCAGCAAUCGGAGCUAGAGUUCGAAGACCCUAUCCGUGCAAUGAGCAAGGACGAGCUGUUCCAGUCUAUGGAUGUGCUUGAGAAUCAAAUCGAGCAUCUUCUUGUACAGGAAACACAGUGUAAUACCUGGUCCCUUCGUUUGGAGCUCAACGCAAUUCCUGCCAUUGUUCUCGGGCAUGCUCUUCGGCGACAAAGAGAUGUCCAUCACCAGUAUGAGAAACAGCAACUGCUCGCCAUUGCGCGUUCCGCGUUCAACAUUGUGACGGUAUUCCUUGCAUCGCCGGCUUCGGUCACACCUAAUCUCCCUAUGUUCAGUUACACAUCCAUCUGGUACGGCCUUCUUGUUUUAUCGAAGCUGAGCUUGCUUUCGGAUGCCGCGACAAAAGGCAAGGCAGUCGAAGUCUAUAACAGAGAUAUCCACAACCUCGGCCUUGCUGCUAUGCAGAAAAUGGAGGCAAUGUCACGAAGAAACGAUGUUUGGGAUAAUUGCCGUGCAGUUAUUGGAUCCAUGCUCUCAUGGUUAGAGAGCAGUCGGAUACAGCCCCAAUCAAUACAAGUUCGAGGAGAUACAUCAAACACCCAGGACGCUGAGAACCCUCAUAUGCUACCACAACCAAUACCCGAAGAUCCCCCUCGAGCCACAGAGUCUGCAGCGGUAGUUGAAGAUUGGGAUGCUACCGUAUGGCAACACAUGUUGCAAGAUUUGACCUGGAUAGGCAGCAGUUCACUGUAG